AGUAUACAUCCUCAGCCAUGGAGGUCAGCAUGGAUUCAGCUGACAACAUGGCUGCGGCCGCCUCUGCUGCCCAAGACGAACUGAAUCAGCUUGAACGUGUCUUCUUACGACUUGGUCAUGCUGAAACAGAUGAGCAAUUGCAGAAUAUUAUAUCCAAAUUUCUGCCCCCUGUACUUCUGAAACUUUCCAGCACUCAAGAAGGAGUACGUAAGAAGGUGAUGGAACUGCUAGUUCAUUUGAACAAACGCAUCAAAAGUCGUCCCAAAAUCCAGCUUCCUGUGGAGACCUUGCUGGUCCAGUAUCAAGAUCCUUCUGCAGUGUCCUUUGUUACAAAUUUUACGAUAAUAUAUGUUAAGAUGGGUUACCCUCGUUUGCCUGUGGAAAAACAAUGUGAACUGGCUCCCACUCUUCUUACUGCGAUGGAAGGAAAACCUCAGCCCCAACAAGACAGCCUAAUGCACCUUCUAAUACCAACCCUUUUUCACAUGAAAUAUCCUGUUGAACCUCUGAAAGCAGCUUCUCCGUUUAAUCUUGCUGAGAAACCAAAGACUGUACAGCUGCUAUUGGAUUUUAUGUUGGAUGUCCUCCUUAUGCCUUAUGGAUAUGUAUUGAAUGAAUCCCAGAGUCGCCAAAAUGUGCCAUCAGGACAGAGCUGUUCUUCUUCAAGUAGUUCUGGAAGUUCUGGGAUCCCUCAGCCACCUCCAGGGAUGAGCUUUUAUGCAGCCAAGCGGGUAAUUGGGGACAGCCCGUGGACUCCUGAACAGCUGGAACAGUGUAAAUUGGGCAUUGUGAAGUUCAUUGAAGCAGAGCAGGUGCCUGAACUUGAAGCCGUCAUACACCUGGUGAUUGCGUCCAGUGACACGCGACACAGUGUGGCAACUGCAGCGGAUCUUGAACUGAAAAGCAAGCAAAGUUUAAUUGACUGGAAUAAUCCAACCAUCAUCAACAAGCUGUACAAAGUUUACCUCGGAGACAUACCACUAAAAACCAAGGAGGGAGCUGUUCUGAAGCCAGAACUGAAACGUGAUCCAGUUAGCACGCGAGUUAAAUUAAAGAUUGUCCCUCACCUUCUGCGUUCCAGGCAAGCUGCAGAAACAUUCCCUGCAAACAUUCAGGUUGUUUAUGAUGGGCUUUUUGGUGCAAACGCCAAUGCAAAACUGAGAACGCUGUCUCUUCAGUUUGUACAUCAUAUCUGUAUAAUUUGCCCAGACAGUAAAAUAAAGCCACUAGGCCCAAUGCUUUUGAAUGGGCUGACAAAACUGAUUAAUGAAUAUAAAGAGGACCCCAAACUGCUAUCAAUGGCCUAUUCAGCUGUCGGAAAACUCUCUAGCCGAAUACCUCAGCUGUUCACGAAAGACCUCGCUCUAGUCCAACAGUUUUUUGAAGCACUCUCUAAGGAAGAGCCUGAUACCAGGCUGGCCAUUCAAGAAGCCCUGUCCAUGAUGGUUGGGGCUUACACCAGUUUGGAAGGAGCACCACGGACUCUCAUGGAGGCCCUUGUGGCCUCAAACCUAAUUAAGCCUCAAGUCCAAGUGCGUCAGGUGGCCGUGAAGUUUGCCAGCACAGUGUUCCCUCCUGAUCACAUCCCUUCAAGAUACUUGCUGCUUUUAGCAGCAGGAGAUCCACGUGAGGAGGUGCACGGAGAGGCGCAGCGUGCGCUGAGAACGUUUCCUGGAAAAAAUGAAAAGGAAAGUGCUGGUAAACAGAUGCCUUCCUUCCCAGAAAUGGUCCAGUAUAUUCAAGAGAAGGCCUCUCACAGAAUGAAAACUCCAGCUAAAUAUAUGACGGGGACUACAGUCAUGCCUUUCAACCCAGCUACUUUUGGAGAGAUAGUCCUGUACCUCCGAAUGUGUCUCGCUCAUAGUGCUGGCGUUGUGCCCACCUCUCAGAGUUUAGCUGACAUGCAGGAUCACUCUCCAGCCAUCGGCCGCUAUAUAAGAAAUCUCCUGUCUGGACAUUUUAUAUCAUCCUCGUCCUCGAAAGGUGGCGAAAGCAACCCUGUACAGAUCUACAUAAGUCUCCUUCAGCAGCUGCUGACUGGUGUUGGAGGUUUGCCUGUAAUGUAUUGUCUCCUGGAGGUUGUCUCAGUCUAUCCUGAGAAACUAGCAGCAAGAUUUGUAGACAAAAUGGAUUGGAUAAAGAGUCUUAUGAAUACGAACAAGGAAGAAAUGCGGGAGCUGGCUGCUCUAUUUUAUUCAGUGGUUUUGAUGACUGUGUCAGAGAAUGAAUUUAAGACAUCGGUUCAACAGCUGAUAAAAACAGCGAAGGAUAACCAUAACCUGGAAAUGCAACACGGAUCCUUGUUGGCUCUAGGAUUCACAGUAGGACGGUAUUUGUCAAAGAGAAAAGCCAGGAUGGUAGAACUGCAUGACCUUGAGCAGCCAGACACUAUUGUUGUUCCAGAGCAAGAUCAGCUGAUCAAGUUAACAACAGGAACUAUAGGUACUUUUUUAGAUAGUACCUCACCACUUUUGGCAAUAGCUGCUUGUACAGCGCUGGGGGAAAUUGGCAGGAAUGCUCCUCUGCCUAUCCCUAAUGAAGGUAUUGGAUUCACAAAGCUCCAUCUUGUAGAAAGCUUACUAGCCAGGAUUCCUUCUGGUAAAGAAACUAAUAAGAUGAAAGAACGAGCUAUACAGACACUUGGGUACUUCCCAGUAGGAGAUGGAGACUUUCCUCACCAGAAGGUACUCUUGCAAGGCCUAAUGGAUUCCGUGGAGGCCAAGCAAAUUGAACUGCAGUUCACUGUCGGCGAAGCUAUAACUAGUGCUGCAAUAGGAACCAGCUCCGUAGCUGCUCGCGAUGCAUGGAUGGUGGCUGAAGAAGAGUAUACCCCUCCGGCUGAUGUGAAAGUUAAUGAUGUGGUGCCCUGGGUCUUGGAUGUUAUUUUGAAUAAACAUAUUGUCAGCUCCAACCCUCACAUAAGACAAGCUGCCUGCAUCUGGCUUUUAUCGCUGGUGAAGAAGCUGAGCACCCACAAAGAAAUUAAGUCUCAUCUCAAGGAAAUUCAAAGUGCAUUUGUGUCUGUUCUGUCUGAUAGUGAUGAACUCAGCCAAGAUGUUGCUUCGAAAGGUCUUGGUUUGGUAUAUGAGCUUGGGAGCGAACAAGAUCAACAGGAAUUGGUUACUACACUUGUUGAUACUCUAAUGACUGGGAAAAGAGUCAGGCAUGAAGUGUCUGGGGAUACUGUGGUGUUCCAGGAAUCUGGCCUUGGCAAAACUCCAGAUGGCCAGGGUCUCUCUACUUACCAGGAGCUUUGUUCGCUUGCCAGUGACCUCAACCAGCCAGACUUGGUGUACAAAUUCAUGAAUCUGGCUAAUCACCAUGCGAUGUGGGACUCUCGGAAGGGAGCUGCUUUUGGUUUUAAUGUGAUCGCUACCAAAGCUGGGGAACAGCUGGCUCCUUUUCUCUCCCAACUACUUCCUCGUCUCUAUCGCUACCAGUUUGACCCCAAUAUUGGGAUUCGGCAAGCUAUGACCAGCAUUUGGAAUGCGCUAGUGACAGACAAAUCUGCAGUAGACAAAUAUAUGAAAGAGAUCCUUGACGAUUUAAUAAGCAACCUGACCAGCAACAUGUGGCGGAUUCGAGAAUCCAGCUGUCUAGCACUAAAUGACUUGCUAAGAGGAAGACCCUUGGACGACAUUAUUGAUAAACUUCCAGAAAUUUGGGAGACUCUCUUCAGAGUGCAAGAUGACAUUAAGGAAUCUGUUCGAAAAGCAGCUGAGUUAGCCCUGAAAACUUUAAGUAAGGUAUGUGUGAAGAUGUGUGACCCUUCCAAAGGAGCUGCAGGCCAGAGGACGAUAGCUGUACUGUUGCCGUGCCUUCUUGAUAAAGGAGUGAUGAAUACAGUAACUGAAGUACGAACCCUUAGCAUCAACACCCUGGUGAAGAUCAGUAAAAGCGCUGGGGCCAUGCUCAAGCCACACGCUCCCAAACUCAUUCCUGCUUUGCUGGAAUCACUGAGUGUGCUGGAGCCCCAGGUGUUCAACUACUUGAGCCUCCGUGCUACAGAGCAAGAGAAGACUGCCAUGGAUUAUGCAAGACUCAGUGCUGCUAAAUCCUCUCCUAUGAUGGAAACAAUCAAUAUGUGCUUGCAGUAUUUGGAUGUCUCAGUCCUGGGGGAGCUGGUUCCUAGGCUGUGCGAGCUGACCAGGAGCGGCGUAGGCAUUGGAACGAAGGGAGGCUGUGCUAGUGUAAUUGUAUCAUUGACCACUCAGUGUCCUCAAGACUUGACGCCAUAUUCAGGCAAACUCAUGAGCGCUUUGCUCAGCGGGCUAACCGAUCGCAACAAUGUGGUGCAAAAAGCAUUUGCAUUUGCCAUGGGACACCUCGUUCGAACUUCACGUGACAGCAGCACAGACAAAUUACUACAGAAGCUGAACAGCUGGUACAUGGAGAAAGAAGAGCAAGUCUAUAAAACAGCCUGUGCAUUAACUGUGCAUGCUGUUGGGCGCUACAGCCCAGAUGUGCUGAAGAAUCAAGCCAGACUGGUCUUGCCUCUGGCUUUCCUGGGCAUGCACGAGGUGUCCGAGGAAGAAAAGGGUGAGAAAGACGAUAGCAACCUGUGGACUGAAGUAUGGCAAGAAAAUGUGCCUGGCACCUAUGGUGGCAUAAGACUGUAUAUGCAGGAGCUGAUAACCAUCACCCAGAAAGCUUUGCAGUCCCAGUCCUGGAAGAUGAAAGCUCAGGGAGCAUCUGCCAUGGCGUCUAUAGCAAAGCAGUCUGGCUCCUUGGUACCUCCACACCUGGGCAUGGUGCUCAGUGCUCUGUUGCAAGGCUUGUCUGGAAGAACUUGGACAGGAAAGGAGGAGUUACUGAAAGCUAUUGCCAGUGUUGUCUGCGCAUGCAGUGCUGAGCUACACAAGGCUGUUCCUGACCAGCCCAGCAUCAGUGACGUCCUUCAGGCUAUGCUUAAGGAGUGCCGCAAAGAGAACCUCGGGUACAAGAUCGUGGCUCUCCGUUGCACGGCUGAUGUGCUGAAAACCACGCAGGAGAACCGGUUCCAGGAGCUGGCAGACAUCAUCUUUCCGAUAAUAAAGAAGAAUUCUCCUGAGAUGACGGUAGCCAGUCCGUCACAGAAUGAUGGCGAGGGUGAGAAUGAAAACGAGAAGGAACUCCAGAUGGACUCUCUUCUCUGUGCCUUCGAGAGCUUGGGCAAAGCCUGGCCUAAAAACCCAGAAACACAACGCUGCUACCGACAAGAGCUGUGUAAACUCAUGUGCAAGCGGCUGAAGCUCAGCACCUGGAAAGUACAGCUGGGCGUGCUCCAAGCAAUGAAGGCUUAUUUUCAAGGGCUAAUGCUGCUUGAGGCAGAACACGCAAACCCUGAAGCUUUGACAGGAAUACUGGUGGACACUUGUUCUUCUAUCACUCACUCUCUAGAGAAUAAAAGCUACACCUCCAUAAGGACGGAAGCCUUGUCAGUGAUAGAAGUGCUGCUCACAAAACUUGAAGAGUCCAAACAGUGGGAAAGCCUGAAUGCGGAUAGCAGAGAACUUCUCAUGGGCUCGCUAACUGCGCUGACGCUGGACAGCCGGCCUGAACUGCAAGAGAAAGCAUCUUUGUUAAAGAAAACCCUUGAAAAACUUGAUUGAAUUUU